UGGCAACCUUCGACAACGGAAGUGCUCGUUUUCGGAAAGUUGCGCGGGAAAGGCGUCUGUUUGGGUGAAAGCGGGAGAGAUACACGUAGCUAGCAACUGUGUUAAACAAUUGAUACGAUUUUGUAACUUUAGCUGUCUUAGUAACGCAACUGGUGUCAGGAUGAAGGUGGUAACUUGUGAGAUUGCCUGGCAUAAUAAGGAGCCGGUGUACAGUAUGGAUUUCCAGCAGAGUGAUGGGGGAAAGACACAGCGCCUUGCUACAGCUGGGGUGGACACCACAGUACGGAUGUGGCGUGUGGAUAAAGGGCCUGAUGGGAAGGCGGUCGUUGAGUUUUUGUCUAACUUGGCACGACACACUAAAGCAGUGAACGUAGUGCGGUUCUCACCCACCGCUGAGGUCUUGGCUUCUGGAGGGGAUGAUGCUGCAAUCUUGCUUUGGAAACUGAAUGACAAUAAGGAGCCUGAACAAACCCCGAUUUUUCAGGAGAAUGAAGAUGAUCAGCUCAAUAAAGAGACCUGGAGUGUGGUCAAGACACUGAGGGGACAUAUUGAGGAUGUAUAUGAUAUCUCAUGGACCAGCGAUGGGAACUUCAUGGUUUCGGGCUCUGUGGACAACACUGCCAUCAUGUGGGAUGUUAAUAAGGGUCAAAAGAUGUGCAUUUUUAAUGAUCAUAAGAGUUAUGUGCAAGGAGUAGCAUGGGACCCUCUCGGACAGUACAUCAGCACAUUAAGCUGUGAUAGGGUUAUGCGUGUGUACAAUGCUCACAACAGGAAAAAAGCUCACAGUGUGAGUAAGAUGACCUCAGCCGCAGCUGCAGACGGAGAGGUGAAGAACUACAGAAUGUUCCAUGAUGACAGCAUGAGAUCUUUCUUCAGACGUCUCACAUUCACACCUGAUGGGUCAUUCCUCCUUGCACCAGCCGGGUGUGUCGAGGCUGGAGAGAAUGUCACAAACACAACAUACGUAUUCUCCAGAAAAAGCUUCAAGAGGCCCAUUGCUCAUCUGCCAUGUCCAUCUAAAGCGACACUGGCUGUGCGCUGCAGCCCAGUGUACUAUGAGCUGAGGACAAAAACAGCUGAAGGUGGUUCACUGAAGCCAGUGUCAAACACGUUUAAUUUGCCAUAUCGGCUGGUGUUCGCAGUUGCAUCUGAAGACUCAAUCUUCUUUUAUGACACACAACAGGCGCUGCCGUUUGGAUACGUGUCCAACAUCCACUACCACACACUGAGUGAUCUCAGCUGGUCUCGUGAUGGCUCCUUCUUGGCAGUGUCAUCUACUGACGGCUACUGUUCCUUCGUGUCAUUUGAGGAAGGGGAGCUGGGCACCCCAUUGAAAGAGCGACCUCCACUGGAGAUGGUGACUCCAUCUUCUACUAAUGAGAAGAAAGGCAAGAGACCCUCAGCUAAUGGGAGGACUGCUUCCCCGGUUCCUCGCCAGGCAAAUACACCUGCUGCACAGGAAAAGGAGAAAGAGGGUUCUGCUGGCCCCUCGUCCUCCAAGACCCCCAGUGUAUCUGGUCCAGAAGAGAAACGCACACCUCAAGCACUGAAAACCAAACCUCAGCCUAGAAGGAUCACACUCAAUACCCUGGAGGGCUGGGGCAAACCCAGCACCCCCAAAUCACCGGCAGCUGCCCCCGGUACAGCCCCAAACACACCCAAAUCUGCUCCCUCCACCCCUGGAUCCAGCAGAGGACCCCUUACACCUCUUACAGCACCUAGCACUCCCCUGGGACCCCUCAACUCCAAAAAUACCACAUUUCCAAAAGGACCAACUCCUCGACGAAUUUCACUGACUCCAGUUGUCUCCAAAUCCCCCAUUUCUUUGGUCACCCCAUCUUCCACAGAGAAAGCCAAACACGAGAGACCAUCUCCCCCCAGCGACCCAGCAUGCAAACCUCCUGAAUCCAAGAGGUCCAAGACUGAUGUUACCAGUGGUUCUGCCCAGAGCAGUGAGCACAAAGUAGACACAGAACCCAGUGUCAAACCCCAGGAACCAUAAACACUUUGUCCCUCUUUAUUAGUAAACUCAUAAACCAAUAACUUAAACAGCAUGAUCCCAUGGACAUUUGGAGUUGCAUACUAUGUUUCUGAAACUCAUCUUCACUUUCAAUUUCAAUGUUUGUCAAUUUUCUAUAUGAAGAGAAGAAAAUACAUGUAAUUAUUCUUUAUAACCACCUAAUCCCUUGUGACUGAAAUUCCUUUUUUGAAAUCCCAUCUUAUGGACAGAAAUAUUUUACUUUUGUACCAUUUGUUUGAAUUUUCUUCAUAAAGAUUAAGAAUGGGGAGGUUAUUUGAAGUAAAAA